AGUCCAUUUUCAACCGCCGCGCUGGAAUAAAGUGUACUCUCUCUCUCGCUGUGCUUUCUCUCAAUCCCACGAAUGGGGUUCUGUUCUCCUCAUUAGUAGCUUCAACAAUUUCACCGUUUGUGGUGCCCAACUGGGUGACUUCUUAAGCCGCUGACCAGGAUGUAGGAAGCAUCGUGAGAGACGCACUUGAGGUGGAACUUUUUGUUCAUUUCCUUUUGCAAAUCAUACGAUGCUCUAUCGAUUGCGGCUCCCCUUAGGGGUUGGACUGUUGCUCAGAGAGCAUUCUAUGUGAGAUUUCAGUGAGAAUUCGGAGAGACGUGAUGAUGUGCUAAAAAUCAGUGUGUUAAGCAAAAAAUUAGCAAGGACUGUGUUAAAAGAUCCCAACAACAGCACAGCUGAAAAAAAAUUAACAUUCGUGAAAUUAUUAUAUUUUAUUGCAAUAAAAUACAAGAAAAUCCAGCUGAAUAUUUCGUGCACAAGUACCCAGUGCGAGGAGUUUUUUUUUCAUACUUGACGAAGUAAAAAUCGUGGAAUGUUCAGUGAAGCACAAAAGAGAAUUUUUAUUUACUUCACGGUUUUGUUGUGUUGAAACUAUCAUUAAUUAAGGGAGUUUUAAAAAAAUUUUGAGUGCUGUGAGACACGUAAAUUUUGUUGCUGUUUUUUUUUGGAGAGUGUAUUUAACGGAGAGAGAAACCACCAAGAGGAAAUUUCCACGGAAUCUCUCCUGCAAACUGAGAUGAAUAACUGAGGCUAUCCUGGCUUGUCCUUGGAAUUGUCUUUGUCAUCAAGUGCAUCGGCGGUGUUGCAGCUCAGCAAAGCGAAUGGACGUGUGCGAGGAAGUGCUGGAUCGGAAGAUGGCGGCCCUGGAGCUGCACGAGGUGAUAGCAAAUGGCGAGGGCAGCGAUAGUGGUGUGGAGUUUGUGGCUGCCAGUUCGCGGGAGAUUGUACCCGAGGCUGGGGAACUUCUGCGUGUUCCCAGCAGCAACAGUGGAGGCUACGCAAGUAGUGCUGGUGGCUACGAGGACGCCACUGGGACGGUGUCCUGCAACUCCAGCAUGGUGAGCUUCUGUUCGGACGACAAGAGCCUCGGGGUACCAAUGCGAGGUCUCGACUGCACCAGUGAGGGUGGUGGCAGUGAGAGUUCAUCCGUCUCCGGGCAACCAGUUACACGACGAUCUGUGUGCAAGAAGAAGGUAUCAGUGGAAGCCCUGAUGCCGGCAAAGGUGGCUCUUGUGAAGAAGACUGCAGAUCCGGGUGUUCUGAGGUCACGAGUUAGGGCACUGUCGGCUACACGUGCAACUGCACCAGGAAGUGCAAAGAGCACCCCAUCAUUAGCUACGUCUGAGCGUGCGAGAUCCCGUGAAAAAGUGCCUCAACCUCUAUUUUCCACCCUCACACGAACAAAUUCCGUCAGGAGACCCACGCGGCUGGACACAUCCACGCGGGAUAUCUCCUCGCCGCAGAAGUCCUCCAUCAACAGAACUCCCUCACUUUCACGCGGACGAACACCCGCUGCCACACCCACAGAUGACGGUCGAUGGCCAUCUGUGGGAAGUCGAAAUGGCCCAAGUGUACCCCGAGCUGGUCGACUGUCUAUCUCCACUCCAACAGCUGAGGUGGUAACUGUGAGGACACGAUUGGGAAAUAUGGCGCUGGAGAAGAGCUCCCCGCUUGAGAAGUACGGCACCCUGCCACGGAGACGAAAAGAAACCCCGCCGGAGGAGCCAGAGAGGUCAUCGCGGAGUAAUUCAAUGACACGAGAUCUCCGAAAGAAAGCCAUGUCCAGAGAUUCCGCCACUAAGACCCUCCCCGCCUACCCAAAGAGCUCCUCGUGCUCCUCCUCCAAGAAAGCCAGUCCAAAGACCAAAAUCUACCACGAGUCUGCCAGUCAGACAGCCAUGACGUGCAAGGAUGUUGAGGAUGCCUUCGGCGGGUGUCCGAGGCAUAUUGACGUUCAAGCCCCAGAAACCGUCUCAACGGCCAUUCAGUCCGAUAUUCGUGAUAGGGAACUUGAGGCACUGGCAGAAACCAUAAAUAGGCUCAAGGCGGAUCAGCUAAACCUCCAGAACAACCUCACAGAGCGUGCUCAGCAAAUUAGCGCAAUGCAGCAGGAGCUUGUGCGAGAACGCGAAGAUAAGCUUGUCAUUCAGAAGGAGUUGCAGAGAAAUUCCGAACGAGUUCUGGCUAUGCUUGAGUCCGUCCACGUGAUCCCACCCGCUGAAGCGGAAAGUACAGAUAGUCUUAUGAUACUGGAGUCGAAGCUCUCCACGGAUGUGCACGUGGCGGAGCAACAGAAUGCCGAGAUUAAUCGUCUGCGGUGGAUCUGCACGACUUUGCAGCGUGACCUGGAGCAUUCAUUGGAGCGCGAGAGGCUUCUCAUUGAGGAUCGUGAAACGGUGGAGAAGGAAGCGCACGAACUGCAGGAAUUCCUGCACAAUGAGAAGCUCGCCCUUGUGGAUGCUCUCAAGGAAUGCGAGGCGGACACCAAUGGGUGGCGCCAAAAGUGCCAGCAGAAGGAUACGGAUAUUGAGAGGCUACAGGAGGAGUGUCGUCAUCUAGUCAGAACAACGGAGCAAAGAAGACAAGAAAAUAUGGGAAUGCAGGCCAAGUAUGGAGCUCUGGAAGCCCGGAGCAAGGAAUUGAUCUCACAGCAGAGUGUUGCCGUGUCAGGAGCUGCUGUUGCACUCUCAAAUCUCGGAUCACGUCUCGACAAUCUUGUGGAGCAGCUCAUUUCAUCCUACAACAUCUCCGAACAGGACCUCGAGGACGUGGUGUACCACAAUGAGGCGUACUCCCAGAGUGCCAGCAGUGGCGAAGGAAGUCCAGAGUUUGAGAUUGUGAAGAAAUUGGCGGCGAGCAACGAUGAUGGAUCUUUGUCGCCGCAAAGAAGUCACUCAUUCAUUGCCGUCGUCAUCAAUGCCAUUCGCAAUGCAACAACCAUCCACAGGCAGCAACCAGAAGCAUCCGUUUCCGCUGCUAAAAAGGACCCGGCGGCCAUUUCUAUUGAAGACUCUGAUACAACGGAAAUGCUGGACUCUGAGACGGAACCCUGCCUCAUGAUGGAGAAUGUCCUGGAGGAUGUCACGAUGCCUGAUUCGCAUUCCCAGAAUCUCGUCUCCUCUACGGGUAUGGCACUAUCGCAGAUUGAGUGCCCCUCAGAGAUGUUGAAGCACGACGAUUCGCUCAAUAAUCUCUCCCAGGCCAUUGCUAAUCGGCAACAAAUUGAACUUCAGACAUCACGAAUGAGGGAUGGAAGAUCCUGCCUAAGGCAACAUUCUGGCGACAAUAGCCUAUCUGAGGAUAUCAGUGGACACGAAUCCAUCGCAGAAAUCCCAUCAAUCAGUGAAUUUGGACCUGCCCAAGGGCUUGUUGAUCAAGUAAUCCAUGUGGAUAAUCUUGUGACGCGUCUCCUGAAGGUCCUUCGUAUUGUUCAAGUUGACAACGACAACUGCAUCCAACACCUAAUUUCAGAUAAGAAUAAAUUGCAAGUGAACAAGGACGAAAUGGUGGAGAAACUAAAGGAAUGGGAAGGUGUAAAUAGUCAGUUGCAGCGUGAUAUGGCGGAUGCAUCGCAGCAACUUUGCCAGAAGGCCACGGAUUUGGCCCUCAGCAGGACUGAGCUGCAGAAGCAUCGUGCGGAGAUUGAUAGACUGAAUGAGGAUAUUUGCAAUUUGAGCACUCUGUGUCAGAGUGGUGUGAAAAUGAUGACCAAGGAGGACAUUUUGGCCACAAUUCAGUCGUGGAAGGUGGACGGGCGUGUGCCUGAAACGGAAAUUGCAUCGUCCAUUGUGGCAGCCUGCCAGGAAAUUCCGUCCCUCAAGGAGCAUCUUCUGCUCAAGGAGCGCCAACUCCUUGGUGGCUCUGGGCAAAUAAUCAAUGAGGCCAAGAAGCAGUACGAAGCAAUUGACAGGGCUCUCGAGAUCCUCAAUGGAUGCCAAUCAGUUGUGGAUCAAUGUCCGGCACUCAGAAAGCUCCAGAGCGACCUCGAAGAGACAAACUUCAAGGCAACAGAAACCAUCUCCUUAUUCUCUGCCCUCCUUAGCUCUUCGGCCGCCACAUCGCCGGACUUUAAUGCCAAUGCCAGCACAAAUGGCAAUCGUAGCCUGGAACUAACUGUCGAUUCUACGGCAUAAAGUACUCCCCCCAAACCCGUGACGUGAAUCCCGAAGUUUACGUGUAUUUGUGCAUUUUUCUCUGUACAGAUUUACUUUUCAUGAUUUUUUUGUUUAAGUUUUUAGUUGCACUGAGCAAGUUGACGAGAGUCUUUCGGUAUCAAUUAUAAAAAAACGUGUGAGGUAAUUUGCAGCCUAUAUAUAGUAGGAAUUUACUCAAUUAUAGUGUUAGUCUAGACGACAAGAUUGAAUUUACUAGUGGUAGGGAGAGAGCCGUUAAAUUUCAUUCGAUAGGCGCCAUAGUUGAUAAGUUUUAAUUUAUGUUUAAUCCAGAGAUUUUUUUUUCAUUUAAAUUAAUUUCUCAGUGAAUAAUUUUUAUCAUUUACCGAAGAUUUGCUUUUAGAUUCAUACAGACAUUUAUUAUUAUUAUUAUUUAAUUAUAUUCGUAAACGUAAGAUGACCUCAAUUGGGGGCAUUUCUUAUUAUUAUAUAUUAUACAUAAUUAUUAUUUACGCUAGAAGAGAGCAUUUUAGUCAUACGCGGAGGUGGAAAAUUUUCUUUCCAAGGAAUUUUCCUUACCCCGCGGGAUUUUUUCUUACCCCCAAUUGAUUUUUUUAGAUGAGGAAGGUGGCACAGCUGAGGGUGAAAUGAAGGGAAAUUCAUGAUUUUCUUUGCAAUUUCCCAUGAAGGAUGCUCAUUUUUCUCAAUGUCGUGCACGUUUUUCUCAAUGAUUUAUCAUCUCAGCACACACCCACAGUGGCACAGUGUGGCUGUACUACACCGCUAUGACGAUACUUGAGAACAAAUCCGGGAUUUUCAUUCAUUUAUUGUACCAAAGUCUCACAAAUCGGACGUGCAAAUUGCCGCGGCGGUGAGAACUUUCGCUGUUACGCGAUGAUUCAAAUUAAGAGAUUUUACUUCCCGUGCGAACGUUGAGAAAAAUGUGUGUGCACUUUGUAUAGAAUUGGAUGAUAAUUUUAUUCUUCUUAGGCCCCCGGGGGUGGAAAGAAAUGAAUUUAGAGAGAAUUUAUUGCUAUUUCCGAGUGAUGUUGCGACAAAUAAUAAAAUUUCAUCUUCCAAAUCAAA